CCCGCGUCACGUGACAGCCGUCGGGGGCGGAGCUCGCGGCGAAGUCGGUCCUCCUGACUGCGCGCCGCAGUCCUCGGGCAGCCCUGCGGCUUCCAGGGUGUCGCGGCCGCGGCCCCGCAGCGCGGCUCCCAGAGGUGACCAUGGAAACGGGUGGCCUCCCCCUGGAGCUGUGGCGUGUGAUCUUAGCCUACCUGCAUCUGCCUGACCUGGGCCGCUGCAGCCUGGUUUGCAGGGCCUGGUAUGAGCUGAUCCUCAGCCUUGACAGUACCCGCUGGCGGCAGCUGUGUCUGGGCUGCACCGAGUGCCGCCACCCCAACUGGCCCAACCAGCCGGAUGUGGAGCCUGAGUCCUGGAGGGAGGCCUUCAAGCAGCACUACCUUGCCUCCAAGACCUGGACCAAGAAUGCGCUGGACUUGGAGUCCUCCAUCUGCUUCUCUCUGUUCCGCAGGAAGAGGGAGCGCCGUACCUUGAGUGUUGGGCCAGGCCGUGAGUUUGACAGCUUGGGCAGUGCCUUAGCCAUGGCCAGCCUCUAUGAUCGAAUCGUGCUAUUCCCAGGUGUGUACGAGGAGCAAGGUGAAAUCAUCCUGAAGGUGCCAGUGGAGAUCGUGGGCCAAGGGAAGUUGGGUGAGGUGGCCCUGCUUGCCAGCAUUGACCAGCACUGCUCAACCACACGCGUGUGCAAUCUUGUCUUCAUGCCAGCCUGGUUCUCACCAAUCAUGUAUAAGACCACAUCAGGUCACAUCCAGUUUGACAACUGCAACUUUGAGAAUGGACACAUCCAGGUCCAUGGCCCGGGUACCUGCCAAGUGAAAUUUUGUACCUUCAAAAACACCCAUGUCUUUUUGCACAACGUGCCCUUGUGUAUGUUGGAAAACUGUGAGUUUGUGGGUAGCGAAAACAACUCUGUAACUGUUGAGGGUCACCCGUCAGCAGAUAAGAACUGGGCCUACAAGUACCUGCUGGGCCUAAUCAAGUCCUCUCCAAUCUUGCUCCCUGCAGAACACCAUGAUUUUUUAAUGUCCUUGGACCUAGAGAGCCGGGACCAGGCCUGGAGUCCAAGGACCUGUGACAUUGUCAUCGAGGGCAGCCAGAGUCCUACCAGCCCAGCCUCCAGCUCUCCAAAGCCAGGCUCCAAGACUGGUUCCCAGGAGGCAGAAGUGGGCAGCGAUGGGGAGAGGGUGGCCCAGACUCCAGAGAGCAGUGAUGGUGGCCUGAGCCCCAGCGGUGAGGACGAGGAUGAUGAGCAGCUCACGUACAGACUGUCCUACCAGGUACAGGGCCCACGCCCUGUCCUGGGCGGCUCCUUUCUGGGCCCUCCACUGCCAGGAGCAUCCAUUCAGCUGCCCAGCUGUCUAGUGCUCAACUCACUGCAUCAGGAGCUACAAAAGGACAAGGAAGCCAUGGCCCUAGCCAGCUCUGUGCAGGGCUGCCUCAUCCGCAAGUGCCUCUUCCGGGAUGGGAAGGGUGGUGUCUUCGUUUGCUCUUACGGCCGAGCCAAGAUGGAAGGAAACAUCUUCCGGAACCUAACUUAUGCAGUGAGGUGUAUACACAAUAGCAAGAUCGUCAUGCUCAGGAAUGACAUUUACCGGUGCCGGGCGUCAGGCAUCUUUCUUCGAUUGGAGGGUGGAGGCUUGAUUGCUGGCAACAACAUUUACCACAACGCAGAGGCUGGUGUGGACAUUCGGAAGAAAUCCAACCCACUCAUCCUGUGUAACCAGAUCCACCAUGGUCUUCGAUCUGGCAUUGUUGUCCUUGGCAAUGGGAAAGGCGUCAUCAGGAACAACCAAAUCUUUUCAAAUAAGGAGGCUGGCAUUUAUAUCCUAUACCACGGAAAUCCAAUUGUGAGCGGAAACCACAUCUUCAAGGGGCGUGCAGCAGGCAUCGCAGUGAACGAGAAUGGCAAGGGCCUCAUCACAGAAAAUGUCAUCCGUGAAAAUCAAUGGGGAGGGGUAGACAUCCGCCGUGGUGGCGUCCCGGUCCUCAGGAGCAACCUCAUCUGCUUUGGCUACUCAGAUGGUGUGGUCGUGGGUGAUGAAGGCAAAGGACUGAUAGAGGGAAACACCAUCUAUGCUAACAAAGGCUGUGGUGUGUGGAUGAUGUCCUCCAGCCUGCCCCAUGUCACCAGCAACCAUGUGAGCUACAAUGGCCUGUAUGGAGUGGCAGUGUUCAGCCAGAAAGAUGGCUCUGGCGAGUUCCCUGGAGGUCAUGGGGCCCAAGAGAACUUCAGUGAGGAUGGAGAUGCCAUCCUCUGGGAGACAGAGCUGGAGAAGGAGGAUGACCCACUGCGCCGCCCUGUCACUGUAGCUCUUGUGGAGUCUAACAGUAUCAAUCACAAUGGAGCAUCAGGACUCUUUGUCCAGAGCAGUGAGGCCCUGCAGGUCAUCACCAAUGUGAUCCAUGCCAAUGGGGACAGAGGCAUCACCAUUGUUCAGAGCAGCCAGCUCACGCGGGUGGCCAACAACAGCAUCUCCUGCAACCGGCAGAGCGGGGUCAAGGUUGAAGCCCAGUGCAAGGUGGAGCUCCGGGGCAACGGGAUCUAUGACAAUAGAGGCCACGGCAUCAUUACCAAAGGCGACAGUACUUCUGUUGUGGAAAAUGACAUCAUUGGCAACCGGGGCAGCGGACUGCAGUUGCUGCCCAGGUCUGACACUAAGGUACUAAAGAACCGGAUCCACUCCUUCCGUGCAUAUGGCAUUGCCGUGCGGGGCCGCGCUAAGGCCCUGGUACAGGAGAACAUCAUCUUCCAGGGCAAGACCAACAAGACCAUCUUCCAGCAGGUCACUAACAACCGAGAGUGCAUCAUGCAAAACAACAAGUUCCUGGUCUUCAAGAAGAAGUCUGACACUUGGCGCCUGGUGAAUCCACCAGCACGACCUCACCUUGAAAACUCACUCAGGGGCUCCUCUGCAGCCCACAGUGGGCACAAGGUGACAGCCAUGGCAACCAGGAUCACAGCCCGUGUGGAAGGUGGUUACCACAGCAACCGCAGCAUCUUUUGUACCAUCCUGUGAGCAAGAAGACCUGCCUCUGGUCCAGGCCCCAGCGGGUGCUCAGGAGAGCGAGAGGCUAAGCCUUGGGAUGGAAGUUAUCCCAGGAGGACUCCCAGCCCCAGCCCCAUCCUACACACCACCACUCCUGAAGAGGGCUGUAGGCUUCCUGGGGACUAAGAUCAAGGUACCUCUAAAACCCUUUAGCUCCACAGCCUUCAGCAGGAAGGACCUUGGAAUCAUUGUCCUAGGAGAAAAAGGCAUGUUUUUAGUCGCUUUAGCACUUAGAGGUUAUGGAGAGCUGGGAAAGCUCAAACAGCACGUGCAGUUUGUAGGUCGAUUUUCCCGAGCUACAGAGAGCCUUGCUCUAUCUACACAGACCAAACCUAGCCACCUCUCAGGGAAGAGUACUUCUGAUCAAGGGAAGUAAAUGAGGUGAGGUGGAGACAGCUGCCCCUUUCUUGGACCUGCCCUUCUCAGUCCCUCCGGGGACUAUAACAGCCUCCCAGCUGCCUCUGGGGGCUGCAGUGUUUUUACUACAGACAGUUCUUAGACUGGCACAUGGCCCUGUGAGCAAGGAACAGGCUUGGAGCAAGGAGUUCCUUCUGAAAAGCUGCCCCAGGAAUGAUAAGGGGACGUGCUAUAAAUAAGGGGACAGGUGGCUGCCUUCAGGAGUGCAGGCAG